GCUUCUUCUACAACAUUCAUCAUUUCAGUCUCUAUUUUCUUAUAGAUUUUUCCAUUGAUUUUAACUUCCUUCUCUUCUUCCUCGUUUCUAUCAAUGGUGAUCAAACACAAUCGAUGAGAAGUUGCUGUUAAUACAGAUAGAGAAAUGGAAAUACGUGUCGUAAACGAAAAGUAGUGGAGGAGCAUUAAAGUAUAGCCCAAUGAAUGAGUUUUGAGCUGUUUGAGAUGCUUCCUCUCUGCUGUAAUAGAGAGAGCGCAAUAACUCUGUUCUCGAUUUAACCCACAACUUCACAUUCAAGACACAGUAAUCCACAUGCCCUCCUCCUUUUCUACCAUUUUCAUGCACACCUCUCUCUCUCUCUCUCUUUAUUUUAGAAAGAAGAAACUUCUUUGUUGUCUACCAAGAAGAUGAAGAAACCAGGAUUUGUCUUCCUUUUGGCUGUCAUUAUCCUCUGUGUCUCACUCGUUUCUUCUGACAUGAAAUUAGGUUUGGAGGAUUACAACUAUCCAGUGGAUCCAUCUCCGACAGCAAAACAUUCGAUCGAACCAGGUCCUAUCGAGCAUGGAAACCCAUCGAAUCCUUAUAUUCCCAAACCUCGUCCUUCUUCUCCUCCUCCACAACCUCAAGACGGUGGUUAAAACCAAAUCUUAUCUGCUUCAGUAACUCUUUGUGCUAACUUUCUUGUAUCGUACACUAUGUUAAUUAGUUUUCUUAUCUUAUUUGUUAUCUAAAUGGACUUAUUGGUGUUC